UUGCAGGAGGAUAUGGAGAUGAAGGCAGAGGCGCUGGCGGAGGUGAGGCCAAGACCCGCAGUGCAAGUAAAAGUGACAAAUGAAGUGGAAAGUGCCAUCCGAAUGAGAACGAUGCUGAUGCGGAUGAGGAAUCGGGGCCAUGAGCGGCGGCGGUGGCAGGCCAACUACUUUGACACACAAAUGGCACUGCUGUCUGGCCUAAUGAGUCCCGGGCAGCUGCCAAUAUUGGGAGGACCCAACCUGGCCAGCGGGCCCAGCAGCACGGUUGAGCAGCAAUUACUCCGCCUGCAGCCGGACUACAAAUUGCUAUACAAUGCCGACCACCACACCUAUUUCCACCUGCACACGCUUGCCCGGGACUCACCUCCGAAAGCCGUGGAGCCACCGCAUCGAAGACUUUUUCAGCAGGUCGUGGGCAGCACGCUGACCGCUGCCUUUGGCCUCAACGUGAUGAACAAGGACCUGGUGGCGGUCACCAGCGAACAGGUGAAUCUCUAUGAUGCCGCCUCUCUGCGUAGGUCGCGCUUCAAUCCCUUCAAUCCCACACGCAUCCUGAUUCAUGGCUGGCUGGGGAAUGCAAAUGCCAACAUAUAUACUGCUCUACUGCCACCCUAUUUCGAUCUGAAUAAUGGCACCUAUAAUAUCUUCACAGUGGACUGGGGCCGUGGUGCCAUAGCAGACUACGUAACGGCCAGUUACCGGGUGAAGCCAGUGGGCCAGGUUCUGGCCAAAUUUGUGGACUUCCUGCAUCAGGAGGCGGGUCUGCGAUUUGAGGACCUGCAGUUGGUGGGCUUCAGCAUGGGCGCCCAUGUGGCAGGUCUGGCGGGAAAGCACCUUCAGACAGGACGACUUCAAAUGAUCCGGGCCUUGGAUCCGGCUCUUCCCUUCUUUCGAUACGCCCAGGAAAAGGAACGACUUGCACCGGGGGACGCCGACUAUGUGGAGGUGCUGCACACAAGUGUGGGCAGCUAUGGAUUCGACCGACCCCUGGGCCAUGCGGAUUUCUAUGCCAACUGGGGUAGCCAGCAGCCUGGCUGCUUUUGGAACGAAUGCAGCCACUGGCGGGCUUUCAUGCUCUUUGCCGAGAGUCUUCUCCGAGAUCAGAAUACGGGAUUCGUAUCCCGCGGAUGUCAAGCCGACGAGUGGAACCAGUUGACCCGAUUCCAACGCUGCCCCACGGAUACGGGGAUCAGCCAGACCAUGGGCGGUGAUUUGGCCAACGCGUCGACGGAGUUCUUGGCCCAGAGACAGGGUGUCUAUUAUUUCCAAACAAGCGACCAGCCACCCUAUGUUUUAGCACAAAGUGCCAGCGCCAAAGGGUGGCGCAAAUAA